CCCCAUUGAUUACACAAACACCAAUGUUCCCAUUGAAGUCAUUGGCAAGUUUACAAAUAAAACGGGAGGAGUGUAAGCACAAGAGAAUUAUUCAGUGAAAAUGACUUCUCCCCAGCCAGAAAAUUCACAGGUGGCAGAACAAAAUGCCUCUCCAACAGGAGAAAAUGAGGUUACCACCAAAGUAAAGAAAGAGAGAGAAGAGGUAAAGGAGCAACCUAAAAGAAGCAGAGGCAAGGGGAAGCAACUAAAGGCCCUACGUGCUUACAAAUGUACCUCCUGCAAGGAGGACUUGCCCAGCCCUUCCAGUCUGCACAGUCACAAGUCAUCUGUGCAUGACAAGGACUGGCAACUCCAUACCUGUAAUCAGUGUGAGAAAUCAUUCCCCAGCCGGGCCCAGCUGUGUAAGCACCAGCGCUCCCACUCUGCCCUGCGUCCCUUUCAAUGUCUACAGUGCCAUAAGGCAUACAAGACACCCACUGAGUUGCGCAACCAUACCCGCUCCCACACAGGGGAAAAGCCUUUUGUCUGCUCAGAGUGCGGCAAGGCCUUUAUGCAGGCCAUCUGUCUGCGCAUUCACAUGACACAACACAGUGGUGAACGUCCACACUCCUGCCCACAUUGCUCCAAAAGCUAUCCAACACUCUCCAAGCUUAAAGUACACCAGCGUUCACACACAGGAGAGAAACCCUAUUUCUGUGUGGAGUGUGGGAAGAGCUUUGCUGACCCAUCUGUGUACCGCAAGCACAAACGCAACCACCAGGGCCACCGCCCCUACUGUUGUGGUCUGUGUAACAAGACUUACACAGAGCUGAAAGAUCUGAAGAACCAUGAACGCUCACAUACUGGGGAAAAGCCCUAUCUCUGUUCAGACUGUGGAAAGGCCUUUUCCCGCUCAUCCUCACUAGCUUGUCACUUGCGGAUCCACUCACAGAGUAAGCCUUACCAGUGCGAGCAAUGUGGGAAGGGCUUCACACAGUUGUCGUCUUACCAGUCUCACCUGCGCACACACUCAGGGGAGAAGCCUUUCCUCUGCCCACAGUGCGGCAAGAUGUUUUCUGAUCCCUCCAGCUUCCGUCGACAUCAGAGGGCACACUCUGGCUUCAAGCCAUACCCUUGCGAUAAGUGUGCCAAGCGGUUCCGGCAGCCUGCAGAUUUGGCGGUUCAUCUACGGGUACAUUCGGGCCAGCGGCCAUACAAAUGCCAGAGCUGUGACAAGGCCUUUGUGGCAUCCUGGGACCUACGGCGCCACAUGCUGGUGCACACUGGGCUUCGGCCCUUUUCUUGUUCAGAGUGUGGCAAGGCCUUUGCUGAGCGUUCCAGCCUCAACAAGCACUGUAGGGUACACUCUGGAGAGCGUCCAUUCAAGUGCAGCCUGUGCUUCAAAGCCUUUGUUGUCUCCUCCAGCCUGCGAAAGCACGAACGUACACAUCUCGCUGAGCGACCACUGCAGCAGGAGCUAGUGUCUGACUCUUCACAGCCUUUUUCAGUGCCCCUCUCAGCUCCCACUACCCUCCCCCAGUUUUCAUGCAGCCAUUGUGAUGUAACAUUUGGCACAUGGGAAGAGGUCCAGACCCAUGAAAGUCUCCACAGCAUACCUCCUCCACCAGCUCCUGCUGUGCGUCAACCCCAAGGUCUGCACAAUUGUACCUCAUGCCAAGCAGAGUUUGUGCAGCUCUCUGAAUUGCGUGCCCAUGAGAAGACCCACCCCAAGCCACGACCCCAUGUCUGUGAAUGCUGUGGAAAGGGAUUUUUUAACCAGGCUGGUCUGCGCAAGCACCAGCGCAUCCAUUCACCUACACGGCCCCAUGCCUGCCCAUUUUGUGGAAAGGCUUUCUUGUUUGCUGCAUAUCUCCGAAAGCACUUACGUAUCCAUCGCGAGCCCCUACCCUCUUCCCCAUCACCUCACCCCCAAAUCACUAACACCCAACCCCUCCCUUCUGAGCCUCCUACAAAUGUUCCAUCGUCCACUACAGAUCCAAGUGCCAUCUCUCUGGCUGUCCCAGUAUCAGUGUCUCUGUCAGCUUUCCAGACCCUGCCAGCCACUGUGUACAUUGACAAGGGAGAGGGCCUUUAAUGCAUACUGGCUUUCAGUUGUUGUUGGAGCCUGUUAUAGUUGAAGAAUUGCAUG